GCGGUGCGGUUCUAUGGCGGAGCCGGCGAGGUUCUAUAGGAGGACCGUGUCCGACCCGGCUUCCCCCGUGCAGCCUCCCGGAGGGCCGCAGCCCCGCGCCCGGCGCCUGGCGGCGCUGCUGAACCGCAGCCUGCGGGUGCGCAUGUCGGACGGGCGCACGCUGGUGGGAGCCUUCCUCUGCACCGACCGCGACGCCAACAUCAUCCUCGGCUCCGCGCAGGAGUUCCUCAAGGCUGCUGAUGCGUUCCCGGGCAGCGAGCCGCGUGUGCUGGGCCUGGCCAUGGUGCCUGGGCACCACAUCGUGUCCAUCGAGGUGGAGCGCGACGCCGCCGCCACCCUGUGCUCCUGACGGCCCCACCGUGGGACGGAGCCCUGAGUGUUGUGCACCUCUCAUGUGCCCCAACGGGUGAUGGAUGCCUGCCAUGCAAAAUGACCGCCGGGACUGCGGUCCCCGCAGCCCCAGUAGAGCUCCCGUGGUGGUCACAUGUCACCACGUGAUGCCGUCAUUCCAGUCCCCUGCAAAGCAGGACGCAGAUGCCCCUUCCUCCCCCAAACACUCUGUUUUCAGCCUGAAACAGAGUUGUGCAGGUUAAUGUUAAUUUAAUCUCGGGUGCAAAAGGUUUCAGUGGGCAAGAGGGAACACACAGCAGUCCUGGUCCCACCUAACUGCGAUAAAAUGCCGCGGCCAAGGGGGGUCAGGGAGGAACAGGAACAAGGAAGGGGGUGCGCAGAGGGUCUGGGGUG